AUGACGUUGCGUAGUCUGCUUCUUUACCUGUUCUUCUUUUGGACCACUCAAAUCGAAUGUGUCGCCAAAUUCGAAGUGAUAUCAGUUUCUGAUAGCAGUUUGGUGAUAAAAAUGAUCGAAGCGGCGAAUGUGACAAAUUUCGAUAUUACUGUGCAGAUUUUCGAUCUUUCCAAACAGAGAUUGUUUAGAAGGACACAGUUGGAUCAUGUGAAAAAUGAUCAGCUUCUCUCUUUCGAUGGUCUGAAACCCGAUACGUGGUUUGCUGUACGAAUCGAAUACCGCCUGAAUUUUGCUGACGACAUCACAGACAACGCUUUAAGAAUGACUAAACAAGAAAUGGUAGUGAAAACCAAAAAGACAAGUCGAGACGAUCCGAAGAAAAUCGAUCAGAUGGUUGCAUUCAUUGAUGAUUUAUUUGUGACAAAGGAUAAUAUUUAUAUUGGAGUUGGAUCGGUUUUUAAAGAGAUUAAAAAGAUCUCAACAGUGAUAGUUCCGGAGCUUCGAUGUUCAAAAGGAGUGUUAAGUCCAGUGUCACAGCAAGUUAUCCAACAUGCCUCGUUUCAUUUUGAUCUAUCAAAAUUGCCAAAGGAAGAUAGGAAAUGUAGCACGAUAUGUGUCUUCCCGUAUCUCCGAAUACUAACUGAAAACGCCGUCACGGAAACAUUCCGUGCCAAAGAAUGGUGUGGAAGCGCCGAAGAAGCUCGACAUCUUCUAACCAAUAAAUCUUUAAGUAUCAAUAUUUUAGCUGCUUUUCUAAUAUUAAUACUGGCAAAAAUGCUCUUUUAA